AUGAGUGACAACAGGAAGGAUGCAAUAGCUGGUUCACUGUCUGGUUUUUCAGUUCGCGCUUUAACGCAACCUCUAGACGUAUUAAAGAUCCGCUUUCAACUUCAAGUUGAAAGUAUUUCUGAUCGAAAUGGCGGCUACUACCAAGGCAUAUCUCAAGCCCUUCGAAGAAUUUUAAGAGAGGAGGGUGUAUGUGGUCUUUGGAAGGGACAUUUGGCCGGCCAAUUCCUUUCUGUGAUUUUUACAAGCUCUGAGUUCUUCCUUUUCCACACGCUUUCUGAUUGGUCUGUCAAUUGUUUGCACUGCCAUCGAACGGCUUUGAAUGACGCAGUGGCAGGCGGGAUGGCUGGUGGCAUGACAACUGUCAUUUGCCAGCCCAUUGACGUCCUUCGCACUCGCUUGGCGGGCCAGGGUUACGUAAAAAUCUACCAAGGGUUCUUCCACGGAGUCCAACAGAUGUUUUUAAACGAGGGUCCAGCAUCACUUUGGCGAGGUCUCGCUCCCUCUCUCAUCCUUAUUGUGCCGCAAAACGCAAUUGCUUUUGCCACUUAUGAGGGGCUAAAGCGGUGGUUCUGCGGAUUCCAAAUCGAUGCUAGUCCUCAAAUUUUUCCCCCAGACUCAUCAAUUCUAUUGACCCUCUUUUCUGGCGCGGUUGCGGGUUGUUUGGCGAGGUCUGCAGUGUAUCCACUAGACGUAGUGAAGAAACGCUUCCAGGCAGUUGGUUUUGAGGAGGCGAGGAGGCACUUUGGACGUCUUCCAGUGAAGAGUAACAGUGAAUUCGGUCUGGUAACUGCGGACUGUCUAUGGCACAUUUACUUGGAGGAGGGAUUCAUGGGCGUCUUCAAGGGAUGGACGCCAGCGAUGCUUAAGGCUGGUUUUUCUACUGGAUUAACCUUCACUUUCUUUGAGAUAUACAACCUCGUUUCCGUUUCAUCCAUUUCCGGCACGAAUUCGAUUUUGUUGCCACCUCCGCAUCAACAGCGUCUUUUGGAUAUCACAGAAUCAAUUAGUCGUGGUGUUCUCGUUGCUCAAAAGCGUUCAUUGGAGACAGCUCUUAAGGAGGCGCAGAUUACUGCUGAGAGGGACUUAAAACGUGCCCGUCUAGAGAACCAGUUGCUGGCCUCAGAGAAAGCAGAACUGGAAAUCCGGUUGAAGAACUUGGAACAGCGCUUUGAAGACUCAACUGAAGCCAAUGACGAGUUACAUAAGCGGGUGGAGGAGGCAAAGGCGGAUGCAGAGUCGAGAGUUGCAAGUGUUCUCGCUGCCUAUAAGCAUGAGGAUGGAUUAGCUGAGCGGGUUGAUGAAGUAAAUGCGGAAAUGGCAAAGUUAAGAUCGGAUUUGGAGGCGAAAUCUGUGGAAAUUAGGGACCUUCAAAUUGAAAUGGAAACUCUUCGAUCUGAAUUGAGCAUAUCGCAAAGAAAACAGAGCGAUUUGCAACGUAUUUGCGAUGAAAAUGAAGCCGCCCUGGAGGAGGCAGAGUCCUUGAGGAACGAAAUCAGUGAACUGAAAUCGGCUAAUGCUCAUCUAAAAGAGCAACUGGAACAGGCGGCUCACGCUCCUGGCAAUGCCUCCAGCCUUCUGAGCCGCCCGGACGGUUCUGGCCUCUGCCUUCGUUCUUCCUCCCUCCUCCAUAGCACUCGCCUGGAACAGCGCGUAGCUCGGCUGGAGAGCGAAAACGGCGAACUUCGACGCUCCGAAGCCCAAUUGGUCACUGCCCGCGCCCAAUUGGAGGAUUUGAACGCUCGCCUUGAACGAGCUAAUGAAUGGCGAGAGCGCGCGCUAUUGGCCGAGGAGAGGCUAGCCAAUCAAAGCUCUGCCGCUGCAAGUGAGGCACUGGAGGAGAAGCGAAUCGCUUUGGCUCAGUGCCAACGGGAAAAUGCCCUCCUGCUCUCCGAAAUGGGUCAAAUUAGAUGCGAGUUAACAUCAACGUCGGUAGAGUUGAAAAGUCUAAAGACGAAGUAUUCUGCAGCUACGGUUGAAGAAUCCAAACUGAAAACCACCUUAGAAUGUUUUGAAAGCCGAUUUCGACGCCUCAGUCGGCGCCUUAAGAUUCUCCAACAAGAGCGGGAUAUGUACAAGCAAUUUGUGAGCAGCUAUGAUGAUGCGGAUGCAACUCUAGCCUCACCGGCUGGGGAGUUAGUUCAUCAGUUCCAGCAGAUGGUUGAACGUAUUUCAGAUUCCCUGAAGGUCUUCCAUCAGCAGGCUGAGUCUGAUGACGCCGAGAUUGAACGGUUGAUUGAUGAAGUCGCUUAUGUCUCGGGUGGCGCGCACGCGGUUUCUGUUGCUGAUGUCUCCUCUGCGGAUUUGGUUCUUUCAUCAACUGACCGUCAAACCAUUCAACAAUUACGAGAAACCAUUAGUGAAUUAGAACAACGUUUGGAAAGAAUCGAGAGGGAUAAACAAUCGGCUGAGCAGGAAAUCGAAUGCAUGCGGGCGUGUGGUGCGUACAAUCCAGACGAGACGAAGGUGCUCCAUUUCCUCGCCAAUCCAGCUGACAGGGUGAAGCGCAGUCGAGAGGAAGAGGUGAUUGGCUUACGCAAGGAGAAUGCCCAAUUACAGCAACGCAUUAAUAUUCUGCAAGAUCGUCUUGCACGCUUCUACGAGUCGCGCGGUCAGGGUGGUGCCCUCGAAACCAGCCCGGAGUUGGGUGAGGUGACGAUGGCGGUGGCAGAAAGCCUUAAGAAUCAUCCAGAUCCUCUCUCGGAGAUUCAGAUGCCUUGGCCUCAUGGUGAUGAUCAGCACAUUCAGCGCCAAUCCGUAGGUGAUAUUGGCCAGUCGGGAGGACUGAACGCGAAUGUUCAGACAUUAAAUCAGAUGACUGAGAACUACUGCCGUAUUGGAAGAGGAAUGGUUUCUGGGGCUGUGGACACACCCAAGUUGAAGUCGCAGCUGCAGAUGGAACGGUGCCGCAGCGACCGAUUGAUGGAGACUUUCGCCUCAGUAAGCAGCGAGCUACGCGAGGCCUGUGCCCUCCUCUUUGGCUACAACCUUCACGUUCGUCAGUCAGGCAUCUACAAGGUGCAACUGCGUCCCAGCUUGCAUUCCUCCGCUUCCUCCUCCACCACUACCUCUACUCCCUUCAUCAAGUUCAAGAGAUCAGGCGAUGCCCUCGUGGUUAUGGAAACAACCUUGGAGGGUGAGAACGCAAGGGACUUCCUCAAUCUCCGUCUUCCCAUUCCCCUUGCCUUAGCACGCCUCUUGCUACUCACGAAUGGAGUGAGUAGUAUCAAUUCUAUAGAGCAAUCAACAAUGCUUAUGUGA